AUGGCCCUCGACUCGCCCGAGUACGCCGCCCGCGUCCGCACGCCCUUCGCCCCGCCCCCGCCCGCCCUCUCCAUCAAGGCCGUCCGCGCCGCAGUGCCGAGGCACCUCUUCCAGCGGUCGACGCGCAAGUGUCUGUUCUUCGUCGGCCGCCACGUCCUCCUCACCGCCCUCUUCGCCCUCUUCGCCGCGCGCAUCGACGAUCUCGUCCCGGUCCUGCUCGGUCUCACAUGCGCGGAGGGCGGAGGACGCGCCGAGCACGCGCUGCUGUGGGUGAUGUGGGCGACGUACUGGCUCUGGCAGAGCGUCGCGUUCAUGGGCCUCUGGACUCUCGGUCACGAGUGCGGACACGACGCGCUUUCGCCGAGCCGGAAUGUCAACGCUGCUCUAGGGAUGGCCCUCCACACGGCGGUGCUCACGCCGUACUGGGCGUGGAGGGCGACGCACCGGUCACAUCAUAAAGGGACGAACAACUUGCAUCGCGACGAGACGUACCACCCGCAGACGCGCGAGGAGGUUGGGCUUCCUGAGGAAGAAAAAGCAACCGCGUUGGACUACCGCGAGAUGAUCGAGGAGACGCCGCUGUAUACGCUGCGGAAGAUGGUGCUGCGGCAGUUCCUCGGGUUCCAGCUGUACUUGAUACAUAAUCGGAAGGGGAACCCGAAGUACCCGCCUGGGACGAGUCAUUAUAGGCCGGGCUCGGAGCUGUUUCGCGACGAGGAGCGACACCUGAUUGUCGUCUCGGACCUCCUCAUCGCGGGGAUGCUCGCGCUCCUCGCGCUCUGGGCGUGGCGCGCGGGGUGGGGGACGGUGUGGAGGAUGUAUUUUGUCCCGUGGCUCUGGGCGCAUAAUUGGAUUGUGACGGUGACGUAUCUGCAGCACUCGGACCCGACGGUGCCGUACUACAGGGUGAGUCGCUCGUUAUGGACGUUCCUCCGGGGCGCGCUCGCGACGGUCGACCGGCCGGUGUUCGGCUGGGUGGGGCGGUUCUUCUGGCACGGCAUCGCGCACGACCACGUCGCGCACCACUUCUUCGUCGGCGUGCCGUUCUAUAACCUCCCGGAGGUGACGGAGGCGAUCAAGCCCGUGCUCGGGGAGUACUACUACUGCGACUCGACGCCGACACUGUACGCGCUCUGGCGGAGCUUCACGCAGUGCAAGUUCAUCGAGAGCACGGGCGACAUCGUGUUCUUCAAAAACAUGCGGGGCGAGGUCGUGCGCGAGCUUGAGUGUUCGGCCGGUUCGCUGGCCCAGCAGGAAAAUGCAGCGGAUCUCGCUGUGAACGGUGCGGCGGCUGGUGGUGAGAAGGUGGGAGACAUACAUGAGGAGUUGGAGGACGUGCGGGAUGAGGAGGGGGCGUGA